UGGCCGGCUAGCUAGCGCUCCGGGGCUCGCUGGCUCAGUAAACUAGUAAAUCCAGUAAAGGAAAAACUUGAGACUGAAAGGUUUUAACAGUCAUCCAAAUGACUGAACGUAAACAUUGCUACAGUAACAUAGUAGCUACUGUUGUUGACAUUAGCUAGCUUGCCGUCCAAAAUGGCAGACACCGGGGCGUCACGUGACCCUGUGACGUCAGGUGAAAUACCUCAAUAGCAGGAAUUGGAAUACACCCUACUAAAGCCUGAUUGUCGCAGCUGGUGAAUUUCAAAAUGCAAUCUGGACGUGAGGACACUUUAGAAGAACGAUAUGCAAUAAAAUUCUGUUUUAAACUUGGAAAAACUGCCACAGAAACGUAUGGAAUGCUUCAGACUGCUUAUGGACCAUCUUGCAUGAAUCGAGCAUCGGUUUUUGAGUGGCACAAGAGAUUCAAGGAAGGCAGGGAGUCUGUGAGGGAUGAUGAGAGGUGUGGGAGGAGUAGGGAAGUCAGAACACCAGAGUUGAUUGGCCAAAUAAGUAAUUUCAUGGAUACGGACCGUCGUGUGUCUAUAGAGACAGUAAGUGCACAGUUUGGUGUCAGUGUGGGAACUGUACACACAAUUAUUCACGAGGAACUGAAGAUGCGGAAGAUUUGCGCGAAGUUUGUCCCAAGGGUGCUCAGUGAAGAUCAGAAAGAAAGACGUUGUAAUGACAGCAGGGAGAUGGUCAAGCUCAUUAAUUCAGAUCCCCAAGUUCUUGAUGCCCUGGUUACCUGCGAUGAAAGCUGGAUCUACUGCUAUGACCCAGAGACCAAGAGACAGAGUUCCCAGUGGAAGCAUGCUGGCUCUCCCAGACCCAAGAAGGCCAGACAGAGCAAAUCCACCCAGAAACUCAUGAUGAUCCCUUUUUUUGACAGCACGGGCAUGAUCUACAUGCACUGGGUUCCCACUGGACAGACAGUCAACAAGGAAUACUAUGUUGAGGUUUUAAGGGAGUUCAGGAAGAGAUUCCGUCGGAAGAGGCCAGCACUCUUCAAAUCGGGUCAGUGGCAUUUCCACCAGGACAAUGCACCAGUCCACAACUCCAUCCUUGUCAUGACCCAGAUGGGCAUCAAGACAGUUCCUCACCCUCCCUACAGCCCAGACCUUGCUCCCUGUGACUUUUGGUUAUUCCCUAAGCUCAAGGAAAACCUCAGAGGCAGUUGUUAUGAGACAAUUGAGGAGAUGAAAGAGGCUGUGACGAGGGUCAUUGACACGCUCACACGAGGACUUCCAGGGGGCCUUCCAGAAGUUGUUGGAACGAUUUUUGAAUAAGCGAGGGCCAACGAUUUAGUGAAAAAUGGAGAAAACAGAAAAUCGUGCAGUCAUUAAGUACCUGCAUUUGAAAGGCAUGACUGCCUCAGAAAUUCAUGAAGACAUGGUGAGAACCUUAGCCGAGAAUGCCCCUUCAUAUGCUACAGUCACACGUUGGAUCAGAGAAUUCAAGCGUGGCAGAGACAAUGUUGAAGAUGACCCAAGGUCAGGAAGACCCCCAACUGCAACAACCAAGGAUAACCUUGACCUUGCUCUGCAGAUGGUCAUGCAAGAUUGUCGGAUAUCAUGUCGUCAGAUAGCAGAGAGACUUGGGAUAUCCAUUGAGCGAGCAGACAAAAUUUUGACCAAAGAACUGGGAUUCUCAAAGGUUUCUGCAAGGUGGGUCCCUUGUCUUUUGACACCUGAACAGAAACGCACCAGGUGCACUGUGUCCACGAGCAAUCUUGAACUGUUUGAAGCUGAUGAAGACAAUUUCCUUGCUCGAUUCAUCACUAUGGAUGAAAGCUAGGUUCAUCACUACCAACCCGAAACCAAAGAACAAUCAAAGCAGUGGAAGCACACAUCAUCUCCGACUCCAAAGAAGGCCAAGGUCGUUCCUUCAGCUGGCAAGGUCAUGGCUUCGGUUUUCUGGGAUUCCCAGGGUGUCAUACUGGUCGAAUACCUUGAGAAGGGCCACACAAUGACUGGACAGCAUUAUUCUGGACAAGUGAAGCGCCUACGGGAAGCAAUCAAAGAAAAAAGGCCAGGAAUGCUCACAAGAGGAAUCCUCUUCCACCAAGACAAUGCACCAGCCCACACCUCAUUGGUUGCCAUGGCAACAAUUCACGAUUGUGGAUUCGAACUUGUUCCUCAUCCACCUUAUUCGCCAGACCUGGCCCCCUCCGACUUCCAUCUGUUCCCCCAAAUGAAAAAAGCCUUGGCUGGUUGCCAUUUUGCCAGUGAUGACGCCAUAGCUGCAGUCGAGGGGUUUCUUGAGUCCCAAACAAAGGACUACUUCUACACCAGGAUAAAAGCGCUUCAGCACCGUUGGAGCAAGUGCUCAGCCCUUGAGGGGGACUAUGUUGAUCUGUAGAUCUGCUGGAACGAUAGGCAAACUGUAGCAGAUCCAAGGUAGCAGGCAGGGAGGAGGUGAUGAGGGGUUUGACUAGCCUUUCGAAACAUUUCGUCACCACAGAUGUUAGGGCUAUGGGGCGGUAGUCGUUCAGGCAUCUGGGCUAGGGUUUCUUAGGCACAGGAACUGUAACAGACUGUUUGAAGCCGGUGGGACAAUGCACUGAGAAAGGUAGAGGUUGAAUAUUACCAUGAGGACACUUGCUAGCUGGUUAGUACAAGACUUAAGGACACGACCUGUGAUCCCAUCCGGACCUGCUGCCCUCCUGGGAUUCACUCUCUCGAGUGCCAUCCUCACGUCGUGCUCCAUCACUGUGAGCGCCGUCUCCUCUCUGCUAGUGAUUGUCGGCUCGUUGGCAGGUCGUCUCGAAGCGGGCAUAAAAGUUGUUCAGUUCAUUGGCGAGAGAUUUGCUGCCGUUUGUCAAAGGAGCGCGAGCUGAUUUAUAGUCCGUGAUGAUCCGUAGUCCUUGCCAUAGCCCCCUGGGAUCCUGCUGGUACAGAUGAUCCUCCAGCUUCCUCCCAUGCCGUCGUUUAGCCUCCUUCACUGCUUUGCGAACGUUGUAAGAAGCAGCCUUAUAUUCCUCCAUGUUCCCGGUUAACAGCCCGGUGUUUUAGGCAGCGGUGCGUGAUCUCAGAGCUAGGGCCUCCAAUUUUCCGCGAUCGUGAAAAACGGACGGAAAUUGGGGUCAGAAAUGGAAUUAGUUUUCAGAAACGGAAUCUACGGAGCCCCUCUGGUGACAUGGGUGAAAAAAAAAAAUUCAGUGGCCACGAGUUAAUAAUGCGUGGGAACAAGAUCCUAUUCCGUGGCCACGACUUGCUUAAUGCGUGGGAACGAGAUGAUUAUUGGGUGGCCACUAGUGAUGCGCGGAUCGACCCAUAACCCGUGGAUAUCCGCGGGUUGACCCGCGAGUCGGGCGGAUUUGGGUAUUAAUUUUUCUAAAUAGUGCGGGUGCGGGCGGGGCGGGUCAGAAAUAGCAAAAAUUUCUCUCAUACAUUUCUCAGUUGGGAAUUUUAUGAGAUAUAGGUGCAAUAAGCAUUUUGCAUUAUAGAUGUUCUAAAUCGCAUGCAACAAUCUAUGACUGUUACAAGUGCAGACCUGCAGUAUCUUGCACUCAAAGCUCUCACACGUACUGUUCUCAGUCUGGAUAAACGGAGGUAUUAGAUGUCUAUCUUGGGUUUCCUUCUCACAUUUUAUUCUGUGUUCUGUAAUAUUUUUUCCUUUUGAAAACGGAGAUAUAAAUUAUGUAGCCUACUGGCGUAGUUUUUAAUAACGUGUUUUCAAUGGUUUAUCCCAAAACGGUAUCCGUACACUGUACGGCGUACAGCUUUUGUUUACACCGCCAAAACUUCUCAGAGACCUCCGAUGAAGAUGGCUGACUCGAUCAGAGAGAAGUUAAAAAAGGGCGAUGCAAAGGUUGUACGGAAAGUUGAUCAAAAAAGCAAGGUGUGGGAUGAUUUUGGACAAGUCGUCUUGUCGGAUGACACCGUUGCAGACUUUGUCAUGUGCUUUCAUUGUGAGGCACUGUACAAAUACAAUGGACAUAAAACAGGUACAUCUAACCUGCUUCGACAUUCAUGUCGUGGUUCGGCACCACAGCCUAACAAGCCUUCCCCACACAUCCAUGCAGAACAGUCCUUAAUGUCAUCAUUUAUGAAAGGCAAGGUGCCACUUGCUGCAAAGUCGAAAGUAGUGGAUGACUUCGUAGCAUUCUGCUGCUCAGAUUUACGUCCGUUUGAUAUUGUGUCUGGACAGGGAUUUUCACGCGUGGCACAAGGGUUUGUAAAUAUAGGUGCACGGUUUGGAUCAGUGGACAUAAACUCUGUCCUACCACAUAGGCAAACCAUUUGCGACAGGGCCAAAGAGCAGGUCAAGACUGAAAAGGAGAGGCUAAUCCAACAGAUAAAAAAGGCCAUGGAAAAUGGAAUAGGCAUCACAACAGGCAUGUGGACUGACAGUAUUAAUAUGAGGUCGUACACAGUGCUCACGUGUCAUUUCAUUACUGAAGAUUGGAAACUGUCAAGUCGCGUGAUUUCCACAUUGGAAUUUGACCACACACUAAGAAAAACAGCACCAAACAUACACGAACAGAUCACCAAAGAACUUCUUGAAGUUGGCAUAUCACCUGAUAAUCUGUCAAAGGUUGUCUUUGUGAGUGACCAAGGCCCCAACAUUAAGGCUGCACUCAAGAAUUAUUCUUGGAUACCCUGCGCAGCGCAUGUUAUCAACACCAUCCUGAAACAUACAUUCGACAAAAGGGACGCCAGCGCUCGAAACUAACGGUGUCCCGGGGACCAUAAAAAAUGUCAUCGGGACACAAAAUUAUCAUAUCUGGGACAAUCCCGGGACAAUGGAAAAAAAUAGAUCUAGAAAAAAGUUCUACAUUAAUAUUAUUUACAAAGCCGUAACACAUACGUAGACAUUCACCUAAUUUGUCAAUUUUAAUUUUAAAACGUUAACAGCGAAAAAUACAUUAGUAGCUACACUUUCGAUGCACCUGCAUCCGUAGGCUACAGAGCAGCGCAUUCUGUUCUAGAAUCUUCGGCCGGAGUCUGCAUUAUAUGGACUUGGAAUGGAAUUGCUACCGCACACGCUGCGCCGACUCUUGCCAGAACAAAAAUGCUUAAGUGGUUGAAGCGGACCGACCGCGGGGAAGAAACUGAAAGCCCAGACAUAACGUCUCCGGGACCUUCAGGAUCCAAAGUGUCAUCGCCUGGUCUGCAGGCAACGCUAGCAACUGAAUGAACACUGUUAGACACGUUAUAAAAUACAACAGGAAUGAUGUGGAUGAUAUUGACGGAAGAUACCGUUCAGCAGAAUAAGUGAGUUUUCUUGGUGUCUUUCUAGUUCAGAAAGUUUAGUCAGUCAGCAGCACAACUAGGCUCGGACCUGCUGGCACGAUGUUGAUGUUGCUAACAUUUGCACCCACGUUUCGGCAGCGAAAGUUCAUAAAAAUGGAUAACGGUAAUGGAUAACGGAAAGUUCAUAAAAAUGGAUAACGGAAAGUUCAUAAAAAUGGAUAACGGUAAUGGUGAAAAUUAUAAGUUGGCCUUAUAAGUGCCAACAGAUAUUCAAGGUAUAAGUAGAUGAAAUGAACAUAAAAGGGGUCUUAUUUUCAACUAAAGUGUACUGCAGAUGUAGUGAGUUGAAACAUUUUCUGAAUGAGCUAGUUGGCCCCUUUAAAUAAACGGGUAUCUAUUCAUACAGUGAGAUCGCCAAAGUUUAAUAAACUGAAAAUGCAAUAACUGUAAUUUUGAAGUAGAUGAUGUAUAGGACAUGUGUCACUUGUGUCUUGUGACUUAUUGUAAAAAUGAUAUAAAGGGUUCAAAAUCGCAUAGUUACAAAUAUAAUAGUAACUUCAUAUGAUAAUAUUAACCACUGGUUAUUUCAGAGAGGAAAAAAAUGGGGACACUAUUGCUUCCAUUCGGGACAAUACAAAACAGAAUUCGGGACCACUGGGGGACACAAAGAAAAAAAGUUAAUUUCGAGCCCUGAGGGACGCGCCAGAUUGUAUGGUCGACGUAACUGACCAAAUUAAUCAGUGCAAGCACCUGGUUGCUUACCUUAAAAAAUCUGGAAGCGCACACAUCCUUCCGCAUGCUGUGGUUCAGGAAAGCAAGACUCGGUGGAAUACUAAAGCGGAGAUGUUGAACUCGAUUGCGAGGCAACACAGUGAGAUUAGAGAACUGCUCCAAGGCAAGGGUCAAGAACACCGAAUCGAGGGCAUACAGGUGGAGGUCCUCACUGCAGUUGGCGAAUUUUUGACCCCUUUCAAACAUGCUUCAGAGGACAUGGAGGGAGACCGAUACCCAACUAUCAACUCAGUUUUGUUAUGGUACCACAGGCUGCGGAUGCACUGUGAGCCUAGGUGCGGGGACCCACUGUACAUGGAGCACAUUCGCAGACGUGCCGGAGAGCUCUUGAAUGACAAGAUGACCAUCACCCCUAUCCAUAAAAUUGCCACUUUCCUCUCACCGCGAUUCAAGAGCCUAAAGAUGCUCUCACCAGAUGAAAGCUUGGUAGUCCAAGCUGAAGCCAGGAGACUGACUACAGCCCUCAUUCCAGCUCUGCAAGCUCAGACUGCGCAAAAGCAAGCAGCAGACGACACAAGCGAAACACAGAGAGAAGCAGAAGCUAUAGGCCCAACCAUGCGAGAAAAUUUACUGAAAAGGCGCAGGAUGUUCCUGGAAUGGGAAGACACGCUGGAUCUUAUAGAGCCGGAUGAAGUACAGCAUUGUAUGCAGUCACACUUCAGCCUUGAUGAAUGUAAUGAAGACGUCCUUGGCUUUUGGGGGGCUCAUUGUCAUGAUUUCCCUCUAAUGUCGAUGCUGGCAAGAGCGGUGCUUUGCGUUCCUGCAACCAGCGCUUCGAGCAAGCGUGCGUUCAGUUCGGUAGGUCGCGUGUUGGAAGCGCGCCGAAAUAGGCUAAACCCAGGGACGGUGGAUGCCAUUCUCUUUCUCCAUAGCGCUUCCAAACAGUUGUCAUAAAUAGCCUACAAUCGGCCAGUAUUUUUUUUUUCAGUUUUGUAGUUUUCAAUUUGUAGGAUAACCUAGUUUGGCGAAAUACCACGGUUAUUAAAUGGGCAAAAUUGCGUGAAAAGGCCUACAAAAGUUAAAUUUGUCAGAUCUGAUGUUUAAAUCGUUUGAGUCAGUUACUGUUGAAAACUAGUGUUUUGUGAUACAAGGGAUCUUGUGUCUGUGUGCGCAAGAGAGCGAUGUCUUUCAUCCAAUGUUUCACAAUCCUACAAUAAAGAAUGGUGUAAAAUCCA